CCGUUCAAAAGACCGACUCGUUCGCGAACGUCACAUCUCCAGCAGACAGCCUUUCCAACAUGGCAGCGUCGAGUAACGCAGAGCAAACGCAGUUGCAAGACAUGGAAGAGGAAGAUGCGGGGAUGGAGGAGAGAGACAUGGAAUCAGACGAAGGGGGAGGUAUGGGAGAAGAAAAUUCAGACGAGGAGGAAGAGAAUGAUUCAUCAGAGGAUGAGAAAGAAAAUGAAGCUGAAAUCCAACGAUUGGAGGAGCAGCUGUCGAUCAAUGCUUUUGAUUACAACUGCCAUGUGGAUCUCAUCAAACUCCUAAAGCAGGAGGGAGAGCUUGUUCGCCUGCGAAAGGCAAGGCAAAAGAUGAGCGAGCUUUUCCCACUCACUGAAGAGAUCUGGUUAGAUUGGCUGAAUGAGAUCCGUCUGACUGAGGAGGAGUCGAACCGGGAGAAAGUUUAUGAACUGUUUGAGAAAGCUGUGAAAGACUAUAUCUGUCCAGAUAUCUGGCUGGAGUAUGCUCAGUAUUCGAUUGGUGGCAUGGGCUCUCCAGGUGGGAUAGACAAAGUGAGAUCCAUCUUUGAGAGAGCUGUCACAGCUGUGGGGCUUCACAUGACCAAGGGACUGGCUGUGUGGGAGGCGUACCGGGAGUUUGAGAACGCCAUUCUGUCUACAGUACAGCCUCCCCCUGGCAAGAUUCCCAGCCACCAGGAGCAGGAGCUGCUGAACACCCAGCUCGGGAGAAUCCAUACUCUGUUUCGCCGCCAGCUGGCUAUCCCCCUAAUGGAAAUGGAAGCCACCUGUGCAGAGUAUGAGGAGUGGUCUGAAGACGGGGUGUCUGACGCAGUCACACAUAAUUACAAAAAGGCUGUGAAGCAGAUGGAGUGCAAACCUUUUGAGGACUCACUCCUGGUAGCAGAACCUCCUAAGCUGGCUGAGUAUCAGGUCUACAUCGACUUUGAAAUAAAGGAGGGUGAUCCGGCACGGGUCCAGAUUACCUUUGAGCGUGCUCUGGGGGAGAACUGUCUGGUACCAGACAUGUGGGCAAAAUACACAAACUAUCUGGAUCGUCAACUUAAGAUCAAAGACUUGGUUCUUCCCACUCAUGAUCGUGCUGUGAGGAACUGUCCAUGGACCAUGGGUCUGUGGAAGAGCUACCUGCUCGCUCUGGAGAGACAUGGAGCUGAGCACCACACUGUCUCAGAUAUGUUUGAAAAGGCGCUGAAUGCAGGUUUCAUUCAAGCAACGGAUUAUGUGGAAAUUUGGCAGGCGUACCUGGACUACCUGAGGAGACGUGUGGAUUUCAGUAAAGAAUCAAGUAAAGAGUUAGAGGAGCUACGAGGAGCUUUCUCUCGGUCUCUGGACUACAUGAAGCAGGAUGUUGAAGAAAGGUUUGGUGAAAGUGGAGAUCCUUCUUGUCUCAUAAUGCAGAUCUGGGCCAGGAUAGAGGCUCUUCACUGCAAGAACAUCCAGAAGGCCAGAGAACUGUGGGACAGUAUCAUGACAAAGGGGAAUGCCAAAUUUGCCAACAUGUGGCUGGAGUAUUAUAACCUAGAAAGGUCUUAUGGAGACCCUGUUCACUGUCGGAAGGCUCUCCACAGAGCAGUCCAGUGCACCACAGACUACCCUGAGCAUGUGUGUGAUGUCCUGCUCACCUUUGAGAGAGUGGAGGGUUCUCUGGAGGACUGGGAUGUGGCCGUGAACAAGACAGAGACCCGGCUGAACAGGAUUAAUGAGCAAAGAGCAAAGGUGGCUGAGAAGAAGCCUCCAUGAAUCGCCAAGAAGACGAGAGCUGAUCAGAGGCGGAAGGCCAAGACAGACAAGAAGGCUCAGAAGAAGUUCCAGAAAGGAAAUCGAGUCGGGGAGAAAAGGAAAGCAGAGCAGGAUGAUUAUCACAAUGAGUGGAAUGAGGACCCAGAACAAGCUCCUAAGAGGCACAGAGGAAACGGUGAUCAAACUAAAGAGGAGUCCAUGGAGACAGAGACGGGACGUUAUGGGAAGAAGGCUCCCCCUGGCUAUAAACCUGCUCCACCUGGCACCAAAAGAACUCAACAAGGAGUUCUAGCAGCUGCCCCGGGGCAGAGCGACGACAAGCAAGAGCUUCGUAACGACAACUGCAGUGUGUUCAUCAGUAACCUGGCAUACACGCUGGAGGAGCCGGAGGCAAAGCUCAAGACUCUGCUUGAGCCGUGCGGUCCCAUCAAACAGAUCCGGCCCGUCUUCAACAACAAAGGGACGUUUAAAGGCUACUGCUAUGUACAGUUUGAAGCUCCUGUGUCUGUGCCUGAAGCCCUGAAGCUGGACAGGAGGGAGGUGGAGGGCAGGCCGAUGUUUGUGUCACCCUGUGUGGACAAAAACAAAAAUCCUGACUUUAAGGUGUUUAAAUACAACUCAGUCAUGGAGAAACAAAAAAUCUUCAUCUCUGGGCUGCCCUUCUCGUGCACUAAAGACCAACUGGAGGAAAUGUGUAAGAGUCACGGCUCCAUUAAAGAAGUUCGUAUGGUCACUUAUCGCUCAGGCAAACCCAAGGGGCUGGCUUACGUUGAGUUCGCAAAUGAAGCUCAAGCUUCUCAGGCGGUUUUAAAAAUGGACGGCAUGGAAAUGGAGAACAGCAAGAUCUCUGUUGCUAUCAGCAACCCCCCUCCCAGAAAUGUUGCGGAUAAAUCAGGGUCCAGCAGGCCAAUGGCAGACAUGGCUCGCCAGGUCUAUGGAUCGAGAGGAAGAGGACGUACCCAGCUGUCACUACUCCCUCGCUCACUGCACCGACAGAGCGCACCUGUAAGCAAAGUGGAGAACGGGACGACGACGGCAGCCAGCGCAGCAGGGAAUGCAUCUGGAGAGACUAAACCUUUGUCAAAUGCAGACUUUGCCAGAAUGCUUCUCAGUAAGUGAGAAGACAAGCGAGGGAAUUGGGCAGCCUUCACACUGAAAGCCAUCCUGUGUCCUUACAAAUAAGUGUUGGUGAAUUCUCUGUGGUUGGUUAUCCGGCUCUUCCCUUUAAUCUUGUUCUCAUCGUCUGUUCUGCCUAAAUCUUUGAGUUUCUUCUCUCCAUUACAAACCAUCUCAACUAAGACUUUCCAUCAAUAUGAAAGAUUUCUUAUUUUGGUUUCCUUAAAGAUGGCUGACAGGCUAUUUUAUAAAAACAAAAAAAGUGUAUCAUACUCGUAUGUAAAUAUACUGUACCUAAAAUUGUUUGCCUCAUGUUGCAAAGUGUCUUCUUCUGUUAUGUAAUGAGAGGGAUCUGAAAGAACCAUAUGAGAGAGUAUUUUUUUAACAAGUCAGCCAAAUGUGUGAAUGUUGUUUCAAAAGGCUUUAUGCAAAAGUUCUGAUGUGUAAAAAAACUUACUGUGUGUGUGCGAGAGAGAAAGAGAAGAUGAAAAGACUACUUCUUUAGGAUAUUUUAGGAAAUCUAGGACUCAUGUUGUGAUUCUCUUCAGACCUCUGACAGCGAGGCCAUCAGUCAUUUUCUGUUUCUGACUGUUCAGUAAAACUAAUCAAUUAUUUGAUAUACUACCAUAUCUGAUUUACAAUAAUGUUCAAUAUUUUGAUGCUUUAGAGUUUUCAAUACAGGACCUGCAUGUAUUAGUUAAUUGGCUUUAUCUUAUGAUGGUAUAAGACCUAUCCUAAUGUUAUGUCAACCAGCUCAAGCUUGACAUCAGUUGUAGUUUUUACAGAACGUCAGUCUAAUUUGUUCUGUUUUCAUUACAUGUUUUACUGUUGAUGUGGCCUGUCUGUUCAGGUUAAAUCAUCCACCGUCAACCUUUUAGCGAUCAGUCUGGUUCAUGUGCUGUGGACUUAAAGAAAACUGGAGAGAUAUUAACCACAUUCUUCACACUGUCUUUUUGAAAUUCAAAAAUUGUGUAUGUUUUGGUUUGUUAUAAAGUCAUAAAGUCAUAAGUUGAUAAAAAAAAUGUUGGCAGCUUU